AUGGCCAGCCUCACUUCCACGCACCGCGGGUUCGACUCUGCCAGCUUGACCGUUGCUCCCACCCAGAACACCGCUCCCGUUCAUGAAUUCCGCUGCCUCUACACGCGCGACCUGCACAAGAAGGCCAAGAAAUGGCACGAUGGCUCUCUGCGUUUCCACACCUUCAACCGACGCGUCAUGGUCUACGACGACGCGAAAAAUUACAUUGGGGACCUCCACUAUAGGCAAGAGGGGGAAUUUGCAGAGGGCGUUGAGAUCCAGCUAGACCGCGGUGUUAUGGUGGAAGUCGGAGAGCGUCUCGGUGAGACUCAAACAGACUUGGCCCCAAUUCUCGAAAGAUCACGACCAGAAAAGCCUGCUCUUCCACCCCGACAGGCAGCGGCCCUUGCAAAUCGCCCUUUGUCAACCGGCCCCUCUCAAAGACCCAAGUCGUUGCUAGAAGUGCUGGGACCUUCUCAAGGUCGACUCGGGCGUGCAAGAUUACCCGUGCACUCUCCUUAUGAACAGAGAUGGUCAUCCAGUCGCGUCGACCCAGUUGAAUCGCCUCGAAAACGACUGCGACUUGAUCGUGACAAGGAGAACCAUUUCGAUCAUGUCCACCACCCGGAUAGAUCUGCAAGGCCUCGCUUACCUCAGCCCAUGCAGCCAAGUAAGACCGUUCCGCAAACCGCUCGCUGCUGCGGAGCUCCAACGGAAUGCGAAGACUUGAUCGAAUUGUCGUCAGACGAAGAACCUCCAAGUAAACGGCAGCCCACAAAGCCGGCGAGGCUGGGAACUGUACCUAGUGAAUAUCAAAGGGGAAGCCCGGACAAGCAAUGGUUUAGACCUGAACUGUUAUGUCCGAGCCCAACAGCUCUUCCUCAAGUGGAUUACAAUAAAGCGAAACCGAGCAAAGAGAGACUGAAGAGAUCUAGCCCCCCUGGAAAUCCGAAGAAAUCCACCAAUGGCGAGUCUUUGGACGCGUUCCCUCCGCCAGUCGCUCACCGUUCACGACUGCUAAUCGGCCAACCGAAGCCAAGGCCCAGACUGACAUGUCUGCUUCCGUUCUGUAAAGGUACAUCAAGGCCACAAACCCUGGAAGGUUGCUGCCAACUGUCGCCUCGAAAGAGUAUCAGCACAUCCUCUCCUCGUGAGGAAGAAGCGUCGUUAUCGAAGCGCGCGGCCCGGGCCCAUCUCGAUGACGGUAGGCAACCAAUUCAGAUUCCGUACUCCGGCCAGUCGAGCGCACGUGAGCUGGUCCAGGACGACAACAUCAAUUCCAGCCCGCUGUUCAUACCAGAGCAGAAGUCUGCGCGGAACUCACCUUCUCCCAGACCACUUCCGACCCAGGAGGAAUUUCCCUUUCCCGGGUCUGACGACAGUGAGCCGUGUCAAAGUCUACCGAAAUCUAAUGUCCCGUCGUCUGCCACAGCUCACCCGGUGACUGUACCCGCACAGCAGCUUCAGGUGGAUGUUCAAGCAGCGGUCAAUGCUCAGUGCCUGCGUCCAAAACCUCCCUUGGAGCUCGAUCCACAAAGUCCCAACCAGCCCCUCCUGUUACCGGAACGACCCGACGGCUUUGAUACACGUCCAUUCCGACGAGUCAUGUCUGAAAAUGAUGCUCUGGGGAACGGCACAUUAACUCUGAUACCAGACCAUGCUGUCCCUCAACCACGGAACCCUUCGCCAGUGCUAAGCAACCUAGCGGCGAGGAGUCCGGCCAAGUCUGAGAGCCCAAGCAAACUCCAGCGAUGCGCCUCAGAGACAAAUGCAGUGGACAGAGACAACCAACAGAUGGGAGGGCUGACCGAAGAGGGCUCCAACGGGCCUACAGGACCUUGGACCGCAGACGAGGCGUUUCUCCUGUUUGACUGGUGGCCUGCCGCCAUGGAGAAGCCGGUAUACUGGAAAGACGAGAUGGAACCUGUCUUGCCGCGAGGCAUGCCCGCAGCUGUGCCGGAUGUUCGGGCUGGUAUUACAACAGCGCGCCGGUUCCUGUUUCUUCGCAACGAUAUAAAUGUGUUAUGA